CCCUCCACAAACCCAUUUGAAUUACAAAUCCCUUCUUCUCCAAAUCACUUUGCAAAAAUGGCUUCCAAAACUCAAAUUCAUCCUCCAAAACCCCCAAAACAACCACCAAAAACUCCACAAAAACAAUGGUCGCUCGACGAUUUCGAAAUCGGAAAACCGCUCGGCAAAGGCAAAUUCGGUCGUGUUUACCUGGCUCGUGAAGUUAAGAGUGGGUUUAUAGUGGCAUUAAAGGUGGUAUUCAAGGAGCAAAUAGAGAAAUACAGGCUGCACCACCAACUGAAGAGGGAAAUGGAGAUUCAAACGAGUCUUCGCCACCCGAAUGUACUGAGGCUCUAUGGCUGGUUCCAUGAUGAGGAGCGAAUUUUCUUGAUUUUGGAGUACGCUCAUGGCGGUGAGCUCUACAGGGAGCUUAGGAAGACUGGUCGCCUGCCUGAGGAACAAGCCGCCACGUAUAUUGCAAGUCUUACACAAGCACUGGCGUAUUGUCACGAGAAGCAUGUCAUUCACAGGGAUAUAAAGCCAGAAAACCUGUUACUUGAUCAUGAGGGCCGCUUGAAGAUUGCAGACUUUGGGUGGUCUGUACAAUCUAGAAGCAAGAGACAUACAAUGUGCGGAACUCUAGAUUAUCUAGCACCAGAAAUGGUGGAGAACAAAGCUCAUGAUUAUGCAGUUGACAAUUGGACUUUGGGGAUUCUUUGCUAUGAGUUUUUAUAUGGCGGGCCUCCAUUUGAGGCCGAGAGACAGACCGACACAUUCAGAAGAAUUAUGAAGGUAGACCUCAGCUUCCCCCCAACACCUGAAGUGUCUGCCGAUGCUAAGAAUCUCAUUAGCCAGCUUCUUGUGAAGGACUCUUCGAAAAGGCUCUCUCUUCGAAAGAUCUUGGAGCACCCUUGGAUAAUUAAGAAUGUCACUGGUUAGUUAAAGCGCGGUGUAGUGAAAGUAGCAGAUCCCACAAUGGUAUUUGCCUUCUGGUGUUUCAACUCUUUUUCGUAUUACGUAUGAGAUGUAAUCAUCUUGAUUCCAAUAGUUUGUAUCAGAUGGAGUGUGAAGAUUUGUUGGUGGACAUUGAUAUUGAUUCCUGGAAGGGAGCCUUGGAGCAACGGGUUCACGGGUUCGAACUAAAGGCCACGGUUUGUAAAGUUGUAAAGUUGUUCCGUGUGACUUGUAACUCAUGGGUUCGAGCCGUAGAAUUAUCCAUUAAUGCUUGCAUUAAGGUUGACUGCCUACAUCACACCCCCUUGGGCUGUGGUCCUUUCCCGGAUCCUGCAUAAACGCGGGAUGUUUCGUGCACCGGGUCGCCCCUUUUCUUAAUUGUGUAUCAUUUGCAUGACUUUCAUGGAUGUUCUAUUAAUUUCAAAUCUCAGUUUAUCA